GGCAUGGCCUCGUAACUUUGUUUUCCCCCCCCCGGACAUUUCCUAACAGAAACCACACACAAAUUUAAUAUCAACCCGUCAAAAUCUUAUUCGUUUUCUUCCUUUUUUUCGAGGAUUUCUUCUCACAAACAGAAGAAAUUUGGAUAUGCAGAUCCUAACCUCUCCCAUAAAAAGAAAGACCCUUCACCAAGAAGUCAUUUUGCCCGCCACCCAAAAUUAUAUUCCUUACCAAGCCCUAAUGUUUCCUUCCGCGUUGUUUUGCUUUUAGAAGAAUGUUGGGUAUUGGAAAGCUCAUGUUCAAUAAGCUGAGAAGGUUAGUUGCGAAUCGGUUAUCACAUUCUGCCUAAUGUGGGUUUUUUCUGUUAAUAAAUUUUAAAAAACAUAAAUAUAAUUUUAUAAGCCUGGUCUAUUAAGUUAAAACAAAGAAGAUAAAAUUAAAGGAGUGUAAUAAGAGGAGAUUUGGAGGUUGAACUAGCUCAAACACAAGGAACAAAAUGGCAAGGAUUGCAAGAGCUUGCAUGCAAUCAGUACUGAAAAUUGUGAAUUUGAUUGUGGGAGUGGCUGGGAUUGCCAUGAUUCUUUAUAGUUUUUGGAUGGCUAGAGUUUGGCAACGAGACACUGAAGGCUCAUCUUUUGUUGAUUUCAAUUCUACUGCUCCAUGGUUUAUAUACACAUUUCUUGGUAUUGGCAUCAUUCUGUGUGUUAUAACAUGCCUGGGUCAUAUUGCUGCAGAUAGUGCAAAUGGAUUUUGCCUCUUUUGUUAUAUGGUGAUUAUCUCUGUGCUUCUGCUACUGGAAACUGCUAUGGCAGUUGACAUACUCCUAAAUUCUGAUUGGGAGAAGGAUUUUCCAGAGGAUCCAACAGGAAGGUUUCCAGAUUUCAGAAGAUUUGUAGAGUCCAAUUUUGAUGUCUGCAAAUGGAUAGGGUUGAUGAUUAUCUUAGCCCAGGGAUUUUCUAUCUUGCUGGCAAUGGGCCUAAGAGCUGUGGGACCAAACCGAUGUGGGAGGUACGACAGUGACGAUGACUUCCUUCCCUCAAGGCUUCCCCUCGUAGACCCUCCACCACCUGCAUAUCUCGUUAAUGCAGAUCCACCCCUUGCCUCUAAGACAGCUGAUGCCUGGGAUGCAAACAGAUGAAAAAAGUUAGCUUCCAAAUAUGGAGAAAUAGCAGCAGAGGAGAUUCUUUGUUAAAGUUUGAUGCUGGAACUGUCUUCAAUACUUUUGGGGUUAUUAUGGUUUACAACAUAUAUAUAUGUUAUAUAUAUUGUGUUGUAUCUGCUGCGUAACGUAAUUAAUUUUUGGAAUGCUAGAUACUAGGAUUAAUGUAGGAUUCAUGUAGUAGUUGAAUUUUCAAACUUUCAAUUCAAGGCAUAUGUCAACAUGGAAUAGAUUUACCUUUGUUUUAUUACUCAAACCUGCAAGUUUAGUUUAAGGGUAAAUGCAUAGAACUUUGGCAAAAACUCAU